UGUAACUGGUUAGAGCAAGGGUUGCGGUAAGUCAGUUUCACCAACUUAGUUACCUUCUUUCGCACCCUUACCUCUCCCCUCGCCGCCCAAGCUAUCGCCUGCCAACCCCUUCCAUCUGAUCGCAGCAAACCCAAGCACACCCACCGGUCAAAAACGAACACUUUCAUUAACACGAAUCUGUUUGGAAAAAGGGUUGAUUGCAUAUUGUAUGAAAAGCUGUUGUGGAGGAAAAAAAGGACUCGCCCAGUCAAGCGCCAUUUAAAUCCCCGUACAGCACUUAAAUAGGAGGGAAACUGCCGGUUAUAAUCUACAUUUCAGGGUAAGAAAUGGAGAUGGCUGUCAGCAUAAAGCGCAAAUUUGAAGAGGUGGAUGGUUCGUCAUUGUGUUCUUCACCCAAGGAAUCCGAUGAUGACAUUUCCAGCAGUGAUAGUGCAGACAGCUGUGACAGCGUCAACCCUCCCACCUCCAGGGAGCUGAGCCCAACUUCAAUCUUGAAGAAGCAGAAGCGGCUGAGAGUAAAGAAUGUUCGUUUUGACCAGGUCACUGUCUACUACUUCACACGCCGCCAAGGGUUCACCAGUGUGCCGAGCCAGGGAGGCAGUUCCCUGGGCAUGGCCAGGCGCCACAACUGCAUCCGCAGGUACACGCUGUGUGAGUUUGCGCAGGAGCAGGAACACCUUCACCGGGAAAUGCUCCGUGACCAUCUGAAGGAGGAGAAGCUCAACGUGCGAAAAAUGAAGUUGACAAAGAACGGUACAGUUGAGUCGGAGGAAGCCAAUGUACUCACCAUUGAUGACGUUUCUGACGAUGACAUUGAUGUGGACAGUAUUGAGGUAGAUGACUAUUUCUUUUUACAACCACUACCCACAAAAAGGCGAAGAGCUUUAUUACGUGCAUCAGGCGUCAACAGGAUUGAUACCGAGGAAAAGCAUGAGCUGCGAGCCAUUCGCUCGUCCAGGGAGGAAUGCGGGUGCGACUGUAGGUUUUACUGUGAUCCUGAAGUGUGCCCCUGUAGCAAAGCGGGAAUCAAAUGCCAGGUGGACAGAAUGUCUUUUCCCUGUGGGUGCUCCAAAGAUGGAUGCGCUAAUGCGGCUGGCCGGAUUGAAUUUAACCCCAUCCGCGUACGGACUCAUUACUUGCACACUAUCAUGAAGCUGGAACUGGAGAACAAACAGCAGGACCAUCAUCAGCAGCCAUUGCCUGCCAUUUCCCAUUGCUCCAAUGAUAGACAUACAGAGGUACAAGACUAUCAGGAAUUUACUGCAGAAAAUUAUGAUUUGGAGAAUGAAACUGCGGUCAUGCACUUACAGUCUGCUGAGGAGAUGGACAGGAAAAAGGAAGAGGAGGAUGAUUUAACCAGUUCUAGUGUAACCAUGGAUACCAGUGUAGACAGCCUUGAAGUUUGUAUAUUAGGAGAUCCUGUGGCUGGACCUGAUGAAGCCUGUGAAGGGCUAGCAACGCCUGUUGUGAUUCAAGCGGAAGUGACUCCUGUUUCUCCUGUGUUGUGUUUUGCUGAUAGCACUGUUCAAGAUAACUCAACACCUGAGGAACAGACAUAUUUAACCAACCCCACAGUGUUAUAUUAUCAAAUCGACCAGAGCUGUUCUGUAGGUGUGAACUGCAGUGAUAGGGAGGCGAAUUAUGUGGAUGCAGGAUUAGAAUCCAAUUGCAGUAAGGAAAACGCUGUAGAAAAUUUAAUUGCUGCUACCAAUUGCUCAUUGUCAUCAUACGUGUCUGUCACAGAGCACUUUUCUGAAAACACAGGAACCUCUAAAUACAGUGAUGUACAAUUUCUCUCAAUGGAAGAUGGUAAUUCCUUAGUAGAUGUUGGUUCUAAUGUAUACACUGAAAGUACUAAACAGGAGUUCCAGCUGCAUUCAAAGCUUCAAAAUGGCUUCCCCAGGGCCCCUGAUGGUGACCUUUGUACGCCUGAGCCGACUGUGGAGAAUGUGUGUUCCCAGUCUGAAGGUCAGAGGUCCCCAGAGGAAGCCCCUGCAGCAAACUCCGUAACGAUGUAAUGCAUUUUUGCAGCUAGUUUGCACAAUUUCCUCUGGCUUUUUGCUGAUUUAAAUGUCUAUUUAUUUAGGAUGUUUUUGUAGUAAAACAAAAAAAAAUUAAAAAAAAAAUCUUGUAGCUGGAGACUGAAGUUAGGGCUUUAAAUUUGGCAAAGCAUGUUCAGAUCAGAAAAAAAACCCACAUCUUUCUGGUGAUGAACCUAACUGACAAAGGAGAUGGAGGUAGGAAGUAAUUUUAGGAUGCAGCAGUUUGACUCUGUCACAAAAACUAGAAAUUAAUGUGAAAAUGUUAACUUUUUUAAAAUAUUUAAUUUUUUUAAGCUAUGAUUACCCCUUUGUCGCAGAAACAUAUGCACAAUAGAGCAAUGGUUAACGUCUGUGGAGAGAAUGCUUCAGACUCCAUUUUGUGUUAAUAUUUCAAAUCCAUUAAUUCUGACUCCAUCAGUACAAUCUCUAGUAUUCCUAUGGUAGUGCAUAUUGUGUAGGCUGUGGCCUCAAACAGAGCCUGCAUUGUUCUAGACUCAAAGCCAGAUUGAGUAAUUUGAGUAGAUGUUUCCCCAAAGGGGAUGUGUAUACUCUUGGACAGAAAUCUUGCAAGGCAAAACUGGCAGCUCUAAAUAUGGGGCCAAUUUGAGGUGUCCAAAGUAACUGGUGCUGUGCAGAGCUGUAGUAACAGUGAAGUAUUUGCUUCUCUUAAUGGAUCUUAGGUCUUGUUGUUCCCACGUUGAAUACAUCACCAACUAUUGCAGGCUUUAUAGAGGUUGCUUCUUGAACUCAAUACCUUAUUCUUGGUAUAAUUCCUGUUGGUUACUUGCUUCCACAUUGUAUGCAGCUUAA